AUGGAUCAAAAUUAUUCUGAUAAUAUUAAUAAUAAUAUUGGUAUUAAUGAUAUUGGUAUUAAUGAUGUUGGUGUUAAUAAUCAAGACUUUGUUACUAAUGAUUACAACAAUUACGACAAUCAAACCACCGGCUACUACAUUCAUCAAAACCCUGGAGACAAUAAUUUCAGCCGCCAAAACCAUGAAGACAACAAUUACAUUCAUCAAAGCCCUGGAGACAAUAAUUACAUUCAUCAAAACCCUGGAGACAAUAAUUACAUUCAUCAAAACUCUGGAGACAAUAAUUACAUUCAUCAAAACUCUGGCGGCGGUAAUUUAAUUCAUCAAAUUAAUUUUUCCAAUCAAAUCCCAGGCAUUAGUUUCGUUGGCCAAAGCUUCACAACCAAUAAUAAUAACAACGAUAUUGUUGACCAGAAUCCAUUUAUUACUACAAACAUUGAUUAUCCAAAUGGUUGUUUUGACAAUAAUUUUGAUCAAAGUGUUCAUCAAA